AUGCACAAUUCGACUAUUAUAUGUGUAGGGAGCAUAAGCUCUGUUAUGUACUGCGAAAGGGCGUCGCUUGCGGGCGGAAGCGGUCGCCCGAGGUGUACACUUCCGAUCACAGCCGAAGCUUAUAGAAAGAAAGGUUGUACAGCAGGAUUUGGUAUAACACUAUCAGCUAGAGAAUCCUGCCAGUUAUAUUCAGAGUGGUUAACAGUUCGAAAACUGUUUUACAAUGCUCUUUAG